CUUAAAAAAUGAUUAUUUAGAGCUAAAGGAGGAGGCAUUGAUCACUCAAGAUAACCAAAUCAUUCUGCUAGAAGAUACUGUAGAAAAGCUCAAAAGCCAAAUUCUCAAGAUAUCAUAUUUUCAAAAUAAUAGUAAUAAACCUUCUGAAGAAGAAUGA